ACAGAGAUCCAGCUGCACGUUUGAAUGACAUUUAAUGAGUGCGUCAUGUGACCCACAGAAGCAUAUGCCAAUUAUCACAUGAAGAGCGUCCUGGUUCUGUUCGGAAUGUUUCAUUGGGUAAAGCUUCAUGACUAACGCAUCUAACAGGUGCGGCACUGUUUCCUUUGACAUGAGUCAGCAACCUGUGCUCAUGUUGAGAGUGCGUUUUGGGAAGCUGAUGAACGGCAUCCAAGAAUCCUGCAUGAAUAUUUAAUUGGAAAGUGGAUGCGACUUUAAUUGUGUUUGUGGGUGACGGGCCGCCUGACAAUCCAAAUACAGUCAUCAGAGCGAACCACAGCAGGAGCCCUGACUGACUCACUGCUCUUCAUUCAUUCACACACACUCGGCCUAGUAUAAAAUGCCUUCGAGGAGGGGGAUAGUUGGACUGAGGCUUUUAGGUUUUCGCAAGGCUGGAGUCCAAUCCACAUUAGUUGAUUAAGCAACAGAGGGAAAAUAACGAUUUUUUAAAAAGUAUUUCUGUCAAGAUGCCCCCGGCGAAUCCGCAUCUGAAUCACACAGGGGGCUGUGCGAAGACAGAGGAGGAGGAAGCCGCGAGCUCCGAGGAAGACUCGGGCUCGUUCCGUGGCACUGGGGUCUGCAAAUGGUUUAACGUGCGGAUGGGCUUCGGCUUCCUGUCCAUGACCCAUCGGGAGGACAUCUGUCUGGACUCACCCGUGGAUGUGUUCGUCCAUCAGAGCAAGCUUCAUAUGGAGGGCUUCCGCAGUCUGAAGGAAGGAGAAGCUGUGGAGUUCACCUUCAAAAGAUCCUCUAAGGGUCUGGAGUCCUUAUGGGUGACGGGUCCAGGUGGGGCACCAUGCGUAGGCAGCGAGAAAAAACCCAAGGGUGCCCAAAAGCGCCGUUCAAAAGGAGAUCGAUGCUUCAACUGUGGAGGGCCAAAUCAUCAUGCCAAAGAAUGCCAACUGCCACCUCAGCCAAAAAAGUGCCAUUUUUGCCAAAGCAUCUCGCACAUGGUGGCCAACUGUCCAAUCAAAGCACAGCAGUUGUCACCAGGAUCUCAGGGAAAAUCAACAACCUCAACAGGAGAAGAAGAGGACAUGAGUCACACCCCCUUACCUCCAGAGAGCUCCGAUUAGUUUGGAGAUAUUGUCAGGGAAACACAAGCACCAAUCAAAAAAUGUCAGUGGAAAGCUGCUUUUGGAACUAACUCAGGUUUUUCUUUUGCAAACAGCAGAAAUGAAUGUUCCCUCUUACUUUUGUACUUUAGUCAGGAAAUUAAAAACCAGAUUAAAUUAAUAUAGAAAGUUAUACUAAGAAAAUACGAUCACUAUCCUAUCCAUCUUUAUUGUUAGCCAUCAUGUUCGUAAAAAUAUCUGUAACUCAGCUUUGUUAUAGGACUUUCUGUCUAUUCACAGAACUGAUUUGGGAGAUUCCAGAUAUUUCACAAUGCAUGUAUUCAGAGGGCAAAUCUCACAAAAACAUGUCCAAGUCAGAAGCUUAUUUUGAAUUUUAGAAACAUUUAAGUUUUUUUUUUUUUUUUUUUUUCGUGACAAUUAAUCAUGUUUACUUCCCAUAUUCUAAAUAUUAUCCAAAGUUAAUCCAUAUGUAUAUGUUGCGAUAUAUUCAUAUUUUAAAGUAAUGCAUUUUUUUUUAAAUCAGUUGUCGCAUUGCAAAAAAAAUAAAUAAAUUAUAUAUUUCUUAAUCAAUAAUCCCAUUUUUUCUUUUGAUUAUAGGGUAAAAUGUUGUAUGUAGUACAGAACUACUUGACAAGUUUUGUGAGAUCUGCCCUAAAAGUGUGAAGCAAGUGUGAGAGAAAUAUUUUUAUUUUCUGCCUUAGCUAGCAAAGUGUCUUAGAUUUGUACCGAAACAAUCAAAAUGCAUCAUAUUGACAAAUUGCAAAAAGCCUGGAUAUUACACUGGUGAAAUGCAUAUCUGUCUUUGUGCUUAGGUACAAAUGAUCUCUUGCUUUCUGAUAACAAAAUUAGCAAUCAUAGAAAUCAUAAUUCUUUUCUUGUCUGAGACGCUUUGAUUGUUCUAAUCCACAGGCCAAAUGAAUGUUAAAAGUUUGUAUUCGUGCAGAUUAUACAUCAGUCUCUUUGUAUCACCAGUGGAAAUAUUUUGACUGCACUGUCACUAGUUGGUUACUAUGCGAAAGACACUGUGACUUUCUUAGAUUAUUAAUGCUGUGUAACUGGCUCGCUCUCAUCUAAAAAUCUGGGAAAUUAUAGGAAAUGUCCUGAAGACAUUUGAAAACAAGAGCCAAGACAAUAGCACAUUUUUUUUAAUGAUAAUCUUUUUCUUUCUAAGCGUUAAAUGAGACUCAAAAGAUGUGCCAGGUUUGUCAAAGCUUAUUCCAAGAAGAGAUCCUGACUUGAUCUCAUUUUAUUGUAAAUAUCAAUUGUAAACUUUUUUUUUUAAACGACUGUUAUUUAUUUGUAGCAACACAAACUGACCUCAAACUCUGUGAUGUUGCGAUGGACUCAGUUUGCUCUCAGUCACAGCAAAAGCUACUAUUUUUUUCUAGUUAUUUCAUAGUCUAAUAAUGUUUUUUAACUGUAUUAAUGAGUUGAUUGAUAAGUAUUCACAGUGUUUAAAAUGUGCUGUUUUAUGUAUGGCCUUUCUUAAAAACAAAACAAACAACAACAACAACAACAAAAAAACACUUUUUAUGAUAAACUUAUGAUUUAUCCCCAUGACUGCAUGAAGUUUAUGUUUGUUCUCUUUUUGACAGGGAGCAACUGAGCUAUCAAGCUUCACUGUGUUUGAGGAAAGCAUCUAGUCUUUGCCAAAUGAAAGCAUUAUGAAUUGUGUAUUCUUUUAGCCUUUUUGUAUAUUUGACAGUCCACAAACUUUCAAAAACUCAGUGGGGGGGAAAAAAAAAAAAACUAAACAC